GGACACUUCCACCCUCGGAUUCGACGACAAACCAGCACUCCAACACCCAGCGACUGAAUUGAUCAGCGGCUCAUUGGCCGCCUGCAUCCCUCAUCAUGCUUCUCCUUGAUUAUCAGAACGUGCUCAUCGAGAGCUUGUUGAGAGACCGCUUCGCUCCGGAUGCGACGCCCUCCUCAAUCGACCAAGUCGUAUCCGACUUCGACAAUGUCACCUUCCACAUCUCCACCCCGAACACCAAGACUCAAAUCCUUGUGUCCAUCCGCUUAAAAUGCUACCCCGAGCUCCUCCAGUACGGGGCGCAAGCCGUGCUCGAACGGGAGUAUGGAGCCUACAUUGUCCAGCCGGAGGCGGGAUACGACUUCUCCGUCCAAGUGGAUCUCGAGAAGCUACCCGCCAGCCAAGAGGAGAGGGAUGAUCUGAUCAGGCGAGUGAGCUUGUUGAAGAGAAACGCCAUGGCUGCGCCCUUUGAGCAGGCAUUCGACGAGUACACCGCGCUUCAUGAGGAAGCAAGCCAUUAUACCUCCGAGUCGGCGCCGCAGGGAGUGAAGGAGGGUGGUGCGGUACGAGCGAUCCACUACCGUGAAGAGGAAGCCAUCUUUAUCAAGGCCAGCCACGAUCGUGUCACGGUCAUCUUCAGCACGGUGUUCAGAGAAGAGACGGAUAGGAUCUUUGCCAAGGUCUUCUUGCAGGAAUUUGCGGAUGCCCGACGAAGGGCCAUCCAAAACGCGCCACAGGUGCUCUUCCGCAACGAUCCGCCGCUCGAAUUGCAAGGCCAGACCGGACUUCCCAAGGUCAAGGGUGAAAUGUCAUACAUCACGUUCGUCCUCUUCCCGAGGCAUUUGACCCCACAGCGCAGAGAAGAGGUCAUUUCGCACAUCCAAACGUUCCGAGAUUACUUCCACUACCACAUCAAGGCGAGCAAGGCCUACAUCCACUCCCGUAUGAGGAGAAGGACGGCGGACUUCUUGCAAGUGUUGCGGAGAGCAAGACCCGAGGCAGAAGAAAAGGAGAGGAAGACGGCAAGCGGAAGGACUUUCAGAGUGCAAGGUUGAGUAUGUUGGUCAAGUGGAGCUGACAUCAGGGGUGUCGUUGGUGCGAGAUGAUGCUGAGAGAUUGUUGUCAAAAGAGGCCUCUCGCUCUCAAGCGGAGAGGACGUUGCAAUGCAUGCCCAUUUUUCACGUGAUCGAUACAAUGAGCCUA